AGAUUGAACUCCUCUCCCCUUUCACCAGUCACCACCGAUUGGUCAUAGCGUCGAUCACUAGAGUGAUCUGUGCUCGCCUGCACUUUUGUGGCAGUUGAGAAAAGGAUUUACAAGAGCCAAGAGCUGUGGGGUGCUUUGUCCCAUUAACGGACGCCAAAUCCAAUAGUGAAGAAAGUGAGGAAGAGAAGAGGAGGGUCGCCGUGAAUCAAAUCGCUUCUCCUGGGAAUCUACGCGGUGACGGAUCAACGUGACGUAUGUACACGCGCAUGAUGACGAGGGGGUGAGAUAUGCGCAUGGGAAGAGCGGUGGCGGCGUCGCGACGGAUCAACGUGAGCCGUCGUAAUAAAAGUGACAUCUCUUGAUGUUUCUCCCCUCGACUGUCGACGAAGAGCGCGCGAACGUGCGUUUGUCGCUGUCGCUUGCGCGCCGGCGAUGCUGAUUCUCGGCCGCUAUUAUUCGCCGCGACGGCAACUCGGCGACGCGGUGAUACGACGAUCGGCGGCUCCUCGAUCCCGCGGAUGAUCGUCGACGGCGAGCGUUCUCGCGUGCGAAGCGAUCUGUCGCACGGUGGAUCGCCAGAUCGUUCCUGAGAGCAUCACACAGCUGUACGCACAUGAAAUGGGUAGCGCUUGGUGGCAGUGCGCUGCGUGUCUGAGAACUCAGGAAGAGGACAUUUGCGAGCUGCAACUGAAUCACUGUAAUCUCUAUGAUGUACCACCUGAUGUGUUCAUUUAUGAAAGAACAUUGGAAAAGUUGUAUCUCGAUGCCAAUAGAAUAAAAGAUCUUCCCAGGCCGUUGUUCCAGUGUCACGAGUUGAGAGUGCUUUCACUUAGCGAUAAUGAGAUUACUACAUUACCACCCGCCAUAGCAUCAUUAAUCAACUUGGAAUACUUGGAUCUCAGUAAAAACAGUAUAAAGGACUUACCAGACAGUAUCAAAGAAUGCAAGAGUCUUCGCUCCAUAGAUAUCAGUGUCAAUCCCUUCGACCGUUUCCCGGAUGCUAUAACGCAUAUCGUUGGUUUGCGCGAACUUUACAUAAAUGAUGCGUAUAUAGAAUAUCUGCCGGCUAACUUUGGACGACUGUCAGCCUUGAAGACACUCGAGCUGCGAGAGAACAACAUGAUGACGUUGCCUAAGAGUAUGAGUCGUCUCGUCAACUUGCAGAGGCUCGAUAUCGGCAACAAUGAUUUUACAGAGCUGCCUGAGGUUGUUGGAGAUCUCAUCAAUCUUACUGAAUUAUGGAUCGAUGGCAAUGACAUCAGGCGUAUCCCGGUGAACGUCGAGCAGCUCUAUCGCUUGAAUCACUUCGAUUGUACGAUGAACGCAAUACACACGCUCCCGUUGGAGAUACGCGGCUGGCGUGACAUCGCGAUCAUGAAUCUAUCUUCGAACGAGAUGUACGAGCUGCCCGAUACUUUGUGCUACCUGCGCACGAUCGUCACCCUCAAGAUUGACGACAAUCAAUUGAAUGCACUGCCGAACGACAUCGGCCAGAUGUCGAGCUUAGAGGAGCUUAUAAUCACUAAGAACUUUCUCGAAUACUUGCCGUCUUCGAUAGGCUUGCUGCGCAAGCUGCACUGUCUCAACGCGGACAAUAAUUAUCUGCGCGCGUUGCCGGCUGAGAUUGGCAGCUGCACAGCGUUGUCUCUACUCUCCUUACGAUCAAACAAUCUGACACGCGUGCCGCCUGAGCUCGGUCAUCUGUCCUCGUUACGGGUGCUUAAUCUCGUCAACAAUUGCAUCAAGUUUCUACCGGUCUCCAUGCUCAAUUUGAGCAACCUGAAGGCGUUGUGGCUGAGCGACAAUCAGAGUCAACCAUUGGUGCCAUUGCAGCAGGAGUUCAACUGCGAAGAGGACAUGAUGGUGCUGAGCUGUUUUAUGCUGCCCCAGAAACCACGGCAGGAUUUGGAGCAAAUGGUGCAGAUCACAGGACCAAUUCCGAGUUCAAUUAUCGGAACUGGCAAGAGAAUAUGUUUUGCUGCUGAGGUAGAUUCCGAAGUCCCCAGGCAACUUCAUCGAGCACCAACCCCUUAUCCUAAGGAGCUACGCAACCUCGCUAGGCACGCUCGUAAUCUGCAUCAUCAAUCCACUCAUGAUCAAAGAAGCACGCCUUCGUCUACAACCUUUAUCGAUCGUAACACGGCGAAAAACUACAACAAGAACAAUAGACCGGUUGAACCUGGAACGGUGGAGCACUCGGUGUCCGAGGAAUCGUCUGAUGAGGCAAAUAAGACCGUGCUGGCGAAGGAGAAGAACCCGGAUAUUCGGGAGGCCAAGUACAUUCGCAAUCCCACGUCCGAUUACAUCGCGAAAACACCAACGGUAUCCGAUUACGUGAAUUCCACGUGGAAACCGGAUGAAUAUUCCAAGGCAAACACAGCGAAGAUAGUCGAGUCCGACAAGUUUAUCGAGCCCUACAAGACGGCAGUGUCCAUUGACACGACGGACGGCAAGCAGGCGCGAAUAAAUGUCGUGCCAAAAUCAUGCGACGUUCCGCUAGCUCCGCCGCCAUAUCACAUUGCGGCAGCGUUUUCUAAAAAGGCCGCUCUUUUCCAGCAAUUUAAUAAUUCGAUCGAAGCGGAUCCACAUCCACUUUCGUUACCUUUCAACUCAUCCCUAAAUUCGGCUGAGAUGCUUCCAGAUGUAUUGAAACAGAAGAACUUUGACACGAACGUGGACUUGGCAAAGGCUGAGGAAUACAUAGUACCGAAUGAUUUGACGAAUCCCGCUAAUUUAAACGCAUCGAUGGAUAACGGACGGAUGGAUCUUCUCGACCGAAUCACCGCAGAUGAAACUUGCACGCCGAAUCUGGAUUCCGGAGCUGAUUCCGAACAGAACGAUCGAGCCUUCAAACCGAGCAAAAUUCCCGUUCUCAAAACGAAACAUGUAGAAAAUUUGAUUAACGACGCGAACUCUAUCAAGGCUCUCCCGGAAGAAUACGACGCGAACAGAACAUUAAAUGCGGUUCAUUCCGGUAUACCUACGUCGCCGAUCACGGGAAAGAAAUAUCGAAGUCCCUUAUCGGCGCCGACAAAAGCGCUAGAUCGAUCGAAAAAACUGCAGAACGGGAAUGUCACGAACAACAAUUCAUGCGAUAACGCGAUAACUAAUUCAGCCGAGGCGCCGGAUGUCGGUCGAGCGAAUCUCGUCGCUCCCGUUCAAAUGAGCAGAAGCAUUGUCGACGAAUCCAGCAUCGCGUCUCUUGCUGUCGCUGCCGCCAAGAAUGAAAUAAAUUUGGAUCGAGAUAUGCCGAAUCUCAAUACGGGUAAUAAAUCUCAAGGCGACAUAAACAAUGUCGGGAGCCUCAAAGAAUACGCGAGCCCUGCGUUGAGUGAAAUGUCUGGUUCGGAGAGAAAACCGAAGUUCAAAUGGAUGUUUGGUCCUCAUAGAAACGCAAGUGUGCUGCCUGUUCAAAUAAAAAAAAAUCCAGGUCUCGGCUUCAGCAUAGCUGGCGGGGUAGCGGGUGCAGAGACCGGAAUAAUCGUGACGAAAGUGAAUCCCGACGGGCCAGCUCAGGGUACUCUUCGACCGGGAGACAAAAUCCUGGAAGUAGACGGUAUUGAUUUCACCAAAUCUGAUCACAAUAACGCCGUCGCUGUUCUGCGUGCCACCGGUGCUGUUGUUUCUAUGAUGAUAAGUCGCCACCAAUGAUUGUAAGUUAUUCGAUGAAAAAAAAACAAAAAUGGGAAAACUUUUUCUAAUUCUUUUAGAUGACAUACGAUCGCUUUACAUACUUCAGACUGAAUACAUUUUAUAGCUCUAACAUAUAUACAUAUAUUUAAAUAUAUUCUUUAAUAAAAAUCCAUAAAUCACGCGAUAUAUGAACGCGUCACGUUCGCGAGAAAAUGAGAGAGAUAUAUAGAGCGCCUGUCAUAUUAGUUGACCCAAUUGCAAAUAUCGGAAUUAUUCGUGCUAUUGAAAAAUGUUUCAGAUGAAAAUUGAGAUAUUUUCAGAGGGAGUGCAUACGCAAUAAGCAUUUUCUUUACAAGUGGUUUUUUAUUUUAUUAAAUAAAAAUUAUUCUCAAUCUUUUUGAGGAAACCAUAUCUCUUUCACGCAAUAUUAUAGUUUUAUGAGAGAAUAAAACAAUUAAAUGAGCUGUAUCAGACAUUUGAGCUUAUUUAAGAUUAUUAUAUCUGAGAAUUAUAUUUCUCUUAAAAUAUUGCAAUUUUUUCUAUGUAAUAGAUAUAUAUGAAAUAUUUUUCAAUAAUAUUUCAAUAUUUAUGUGCAUUGAUCAAAAUGGGACACUCUGUAUACAAACAUAAAUAUAUACAAUAUAAAUAUAUAUUUAUGUCAAAUAAGAUUGUAAACGAGCUAAGAUACUGUUGUUGGUCGUUUUGCGAGCAACGCAGGAUACGAAAGGUGUGAUGAUCCUCGUGAGAAUAUAAUACUAUAGAGUAUGUUAUUUUUCAACACUCUGUACGGACAAAUUAAAAGAGCAAUCUAUUCGUUAUCAUAGCUCCUCCUUGACUAGAACAAUAACGUAUUUCCCGAAAUCUCUAGCUCCGCGCGUUUGCGGACGAUGAUGUUGAUAGACUAGUUGAUUUAUAUCUAUAUCUGUGCGUUCUCUCUUCGACGAGAGUGCCGACAAUGUGCCAGAAAACAAAGUACUAUUUAUUAUCCAUAUACAUAACAUAUAUUGAGAAAAAAGAUAUAUAUAUAUGCAUAUACAUAUAUUAUAUAUAUAAACAAAUUUAUAUCUGUAGAAAAGAGAGAAAGCUAAACAAGGUUCCCACAGAUUUCAACGAUGUAAAUAGAUGAGAAAUACGCGAAGCAAAUUAAAUCUGUUACGUUUUUAAUUUCUCAUAAUUGACUAUAAAUGUUUGGCUAAAAAAAAAAUUACUUUGAAUUCUUCUAGGAAUUUACAUCACGAAAUAUUUUGCAGGGGGGCGUACGCACUUCGUUUCGUUGUAAUCGAAUCGUUUCUCGUGAUGUAGUAGUGAUCUUUAUCAGUUGUUAAGACUAUAGUAAAUGUUAUUGCAUACGGCAAUGCUAUAAAUUCUAUCAUUCGAUCAAUGAUGCAAAGACGGGGGAUACAAGAGUAGAUCCUACAUAUUACGUGAAAUAGCGUUGGGCGGAACCAUGAUAUUAUAUUUAAAUCGAAUAUUCGAUUAUUAUUCCCUUUGCGGGACAACAAACAAACACAGGUACUUGAGCCGACCUGUUUCGAUAUAACUGAACAUUCGGGAUUAUUAUUAUAAUAAUAAAGGCGCUUCUGUAUGUCUGCGGGAUCCUUGUCAUGCUUGUCUGGUAGGAGAGAAAAGAAAAUAUUCUUCUAUGUGCCGUACUUAUAUCGAUAAUAAUGUUUAUACUCAAUAUCAGUGUCUCAGAGUCCUCCCAGUCGCGAUUAUCCAUUACAGAUUUCUCUCUCACACUUAGCCUCUUUUAAAAAUUCACUCUUUAAGCGAUCAUAAAACCGUCAUUUUCAGAUUCUUCAACACUGGCGCACAUUUUUAUAAUAUUGAUGAAGGAUGCAUCUAAUUCUAUUAUUGCAUUAUAUUAAAGAUGACAUAAAAGAAUAUUUCAUUUACAUCUUAAUGCUUCUACAUCAGUAUACGAAAUGUAUUAAUUGAAGGUAAUAGAAUAUAUCGAUUAGUGAAAAAAUUAUAUUAAUAAUUAAUAUUCAAUUAUAUAUAAAAUCUAUAAAUUUUAUAAAAUAUAUACAAAAUACAUGCAAAUUUUUUAUGAUUAUUUUAUAUACAUAUAUAAUAAAUAUAUAAAUAUUAGAGAACAAUUUUACAUCGCGCCAGUGCUUAAGGAUAAAGCCCAUUAACUUUGUACAUUUUACAUGUGUAUACGUUAUUUGAUUUUUUAUCAUUAAUAUUAUUAGACUACAUAUCUCGAGACCACACGUGAAAGGUCUUCCGGAUUGUGAUUGAUUUAGCGAUUAUUUCGACAAUUACUCGCGUUUUUUCUUUCCGUUGAUGGAACGAAACCGUACAAAACCAUGACGACUAAUGAUCGCACAAGCGUGAUAUUGUUGAUCGACAAGCGAGAUAAAAUAAAUGGGAACUUUUGCAUGCGCGCGAGCGUAUAAAGUAGAAUGUGUAUAGAGAGAACAAAAGGAAUGUAAAGGACUGAAAAUUGGUAGCACAAAUGAAAUCGUUAUUUGGUUACACACACACACACACGCGCGCGCGUGUGUUGGGUUUAUAUAUGUAUAUAUAUAUAUAUUGUGCGCAUUGUUAUAAUUGAAAUCGGUGUGAAUGCAGAGCUAUCUACGACAUGCCAGACGUUUCGCAUAUUUUCUUCGCAAAUCCGGAAUCUAUUUUACAUGUUUCGGCACAAACACGAUUCUAAUUCACUUAAUUUUCUUUAUUAAUACAAUUGGCUUUGUAAUUAACGAUAUUAGCUUAUAUAAUUAAUGUCAUUAAGCUAUAGUGAUAUUAUUAGAAAUAAUAAUAAUAAAAUAUCGAUUUGUAUUUCCAAGAAAUGUCGAUUCUUCAAAAUCUUCAGAAUCAAAAUCCUUCUAUUCAAAGGAAAAAUGUCGAAAGUCUGGUAGUCUUGGGCGUAUUAGGUUAAUUACUUGUUAUUAAGUUAAUGUUUGUUCUUGUAUCUUCGUUCUUUCUCGAUGUUACGUACAAUAUAGGAUUUUAUGGUAAGUUUACGGGUGAGAAAGCCCCCUUGGUAUUAUUCGAACUUCGCGUAUCGAGAGAAUGUCAGUAGAAUUAUUCAUCCCUAGUCAGAACCGAUAAGGAAAGUGUUAGUAUUUUUCGUCGACUUGAUUCUGUCGACAAAAUUUUCUUUCUUUUUUUUACGUUUCUAUUAACGUCGCGACGAACUUCCACUUUCAGAGGUUUUAUUGAAAAUCUUUUUUUACAUUCUUUUUUCCUUGUUUAUAAAUCUUCGCGCGAUAGUUGAUUUUUUUUAGCUCAUUGUUUGUUCUCAUCUUGCCACUGCAUUUAAUUUUCUGUAAAGAUGCGGUAAAAAGUAUUAGAGAUUAGAUAAGAAAGUUUGUGUCCGUUCUCUUCUUCAAUUACAACUUUUGAAUGAACGGAUUGACUGUUUCAACUGAUUAAUCGUCGUUAAAAAGAGGACAAGAUUAAUAUGUAUUCGUUGACGGAGAAGUUUCCACUUUCAUGGACCACGCGCGAGCACACACAUAUUAUACUCUUUUCUACUACUCUAAACUAAACAGACUGACUACUUUUUGGAUACCUAUUACAUGUUUAACGGCGCGUUUUCGAUCGGAGUGCGUUUGAAUCGCUUCGAAAGCGAACAAUCGAAGUCGAUUCUUCACAAAUUUUGGACUAGACAAAGAAUUUUUCAAGUUUAUCUUAUUUUUUUUUCAGAUAGUUUAAAAUCAAGUUAAAAAUCGUUGACAGAUUGGCUCUCAGCGCGAUUUGAACUCGCUUCCGCUUCGAGAAAACUCGCUAUCGUUAUGGAGUGACUGCGAAUCUAAGAUUUUGCGUGUGUGAAUGAAACUCUAAGUUGUACCUAUGGAUGUAUAUACUGAUAAGCGACUAAUCGUGCGUAUGUAAACAAACUUUGCGAAAGCAAUCAAGUGGUUGUACCUUUUACUUGCGAUACGUUGGUGUUUUCACUUUCAUUUCAUUUUUAUAUUUGUCCGUAGUAUGUUAAAGGAAUUUCAAGGCGAAUUUUUUGUUUCUGUGUCGGAGAUUUCUUUUCUUUUCUCAAAAAUUCGAUAUAAUCGAUGAUGUUGAUUAUUGCGUUUUGCAAAUGUUUAUAUUUAUCCGGGGAACGAUUAUGUCAUUUUUACAAUAUCUGUCUAUCGCGGUACAACCACUUCGUUAGCGUGCGUUUAAUUAUGGUUGUCAGAUGAAUAAUUUAUAGUUUGUAACGGAUCGAUGUACAAAGAAAUUACUCGCGUUCUCUUACCGGACGUCGUCUUCUGAUAUACAAUUACUAUGCAUUUUGAAUAUGUUAGUGAAAGAUGUCUGAUCUUUAACGAGAAGUCCUAGUUGGUUGUGCAGCAAUAAAUAAAUUAAUAUUUACGUACAAA